AACUGAAACGUCCGAAAUAGUGAAAAACGAAAGUAAAACAAACAUGUCGAAAAAUGUUCUUCUUUCAAAAUUUAAAGGCGCCUUGGUUGGUGCUGUGUUGGGCGAUUGCAUCGGUUCAGAGUUUGAGGGUUUAUGGGCAAAAAGUAUUGGAGUGGAAAAAGUCUUAAAAAGUAUCGGUAAAUUGGAGUCGGAAUAUGAUCCUGCAACAGAUGGCAGAGAGGCUGACAAACAAGACAAGCUAUUACGGGAUUACACAGAUGAUACAGCUAUGGCCAGGAGUGUAGCCCAGUCUCUGAUUGAAAAUAAAGGCUUUGUUGCAAAACACAUGGCAAAAAUGUUUUCAGAAGAAUAUUUUAAGGACCCGUACCGAGGUUAUGGGGGUAGUAUCAUCACUGUGUUCUCCAAGCUGAAGGAUGCAGAAUUCGCAGAUCCAUAUAAGCCAGCAGCAGAACAGUUUGACGGGGAAGGUUCGUACGGAAAUGGAGGGGCUAUGAGGAUCGUUCCAGCCCCACUGUUUGCCUACAGACAAAAUGAUGUUCAGCAUUUGACAGAAUUAGUUGAACAAAUAACUAAGAUUACACACUCCCACCCCUCAGCAAUAAAUGGUGCAAUAUUCCAAAGCUUUGCGGUAGAUCUGGCAUUAAGAGGAUCAAAGGAGGUGGAUACAGGAGCAUUCUGUGACGAACUGCAGAAGAGAAUAAUGGAAAGAGAAAAAAAAGUCACCGAGAAGAUCAAAAAAAGGAAACUAGAGGAGGUUGAAGCAGAGGAGGACAAGGAAACAACACGUUUUGAUUUUCCCUAUGCAAGCAUCACAGACGACAUAAGGAAAUAUGCCUUACAAGAGGACUUACCUUCCACGGAGGAAAUCACAGGGAACUUGGGAACUGAUAUUUCAGCCUACAGAUCGGUUCCAACAGCUGUUUAUUCAUUUCUGAGAGCAUCAAAACACAUUGACAAACUGGAGGACAGAAACUCGUUUGAAAAGACCAUCAUUUAUGCCAUUACCCUGGGAGGUGACACAGACACCAUAGCAACAAUGGCAGGUGCUAUAGCAGGUGCUUGCUAUGGCAUAGAGGCUAUUCCAAAAUCCUGGCAAGCUGGCUGUGAAUCUGUGGAGGAUGCCUUGAAGUUUGCGGAACAGCUUUAUGAACUGUCCUCAACUAGUGAAUGAUUUAUUGCUGUAGUAUUCACGAACCCAUCUAACCAAUGAAUGAGGAUAAUUUCAAUGCUAAAUACAAUUUAAUACUGUAAACUGUAAGUUUGCAUUGUGGAAAUUUUCAUGAAUUUUACAUUGAAAAUUUAUAAAUGUCUUUACAAAUUUGAACAGUUCAGAAAUUUGGUACUUGAACUGAUAAAAGAAUUGCAGUGACUGUAACUUCUGCAAUGUGCAGCUACUAUACCGGUACCGGUAGUGAUAUUUAAUACUGGUCUUUGAAAUUCACCCAAACAAAACUGUGCAUACAGCAUUAUUGAUUCAGUGCAUGCCAGGUAUUCUGCUCCACUGUUCAUUAGUGUCCAUACUACAUGUACCGUACAUGUAUUUGCAAGUGGAGUGGACACUAUUUCCUUGCUUGCAACAAUCCUUUCAUUAUUGACAUUACCUCAUAUAUUUGGACAUUUACAGUGUACAUUAUUUUAUUAAAAAGUAGUUGUUAUUUUCCUUUUUUUUUAAUAUUACUUACUUAUUAGUUACACUUUCUGUUUAGGAAUAAACCUCUGAUAGCGUGACAUACCUCUAAGGCCGUCAAAAGUUUUAUAAUUCUCUGAGAUCAGGAAGAAUUGUUCUUUGAAGAAAAAAAACCCACAACUUUAAUCUACAAUCCAUAAGAACUUGUGAUAUUUGUGGUUAUUUAUGGAAUACCUGGUAUAUUCAAGAUACUCGAAAGACCAUUACUAAAAUUAUUAGCCACAUGUAACUUGAAUAUUCAAUAUUUGCGGUAUUUAGAAUCACAGUUAUUAAUUAAAAUCAUGUUUGAAAUUUUUCUUUUGUUUCUCCAUCUCUCUUAUAUUUAAACAGCUUAACUCAUUACAUGUAUUUAUAUUAGAUGACAUUUAUAAACAACAAAAAACACAAUUUACUUGUAUAUCAUAGUGGUAUUCUUAUACAACUGCUUUAUAAUAAUUCACUCUUUAUAUAUGAAGCAGAGGACAUUUCAUUGACUGUGAUAAUUCUACAUAGAUGAAUAUUAAAAAUAAAAUGUAUUCAUUAAAAUUGCUGUCUUCCUCUUUCAUUGUUACAUAUUAAAAAUGGUACUGUAUGGA